UUGUUUUAUUUACUAUUUUUCAAAAAUUUACAAACAGACAUAUAAUUUAGACACUAGAAAAUAUUUGAUGGCAUUUAACAACUAAUUCAUAUUUUGAUUUAGUAAGCAUAAACUCCCAAUUUUCAUUAAAAAUAUGUGUAAAAAACAUAAUUUUGAGACAAUUGCUCCAUAAAGAAAUAAUAGGAUCACUGUUUCAAUUUACUUAAAUCAGACAAUUUCAUUUCAACAAUGAUAAGUACUGACGAUUACAGUGAAAUUACAAUUAAAGAAGAAACAUUUAACGAUGGCACACACAUUAGUCUGGAAUAUUAUGAACAUCAAAAUCCUACAUUCUAUGCAUCACUUGCCGAAGAAGUUAAAACGGAAAUAGAUGAGAACUACGUUGUUAACGAAGCAGACGAUGAGUCUAUGGAUGAACAGAAUGAACCCGCCCAACAAUCAGAUCCAAGCCUUUGGAAGAAAAAUAACAAACAUUUAAAGAGGGACAGAAGUAAAGAACCUGAAGAUGAUGGCAAACUACUCGACAGUCAGCAGCUCCCGCCAGCUGCAUGCAGGGAUAAAGACAAGCACACAUCUUGUGCUUCUAUAAGUGAAGAAGAACGCAAGUGGAUCCACAAAAAGUUUGCAGAACAGAAUUCGUACGAACUUAGAAAACAAUAUAUUACAGAUCACGUAACAAAAUGUGAUAAAAGACGCACAACCCGAAGACUAGCAUCAAGCAGGAGAAGCUAUACUUACUUCUACACCCUGACUACUUCAAGUAAUAUUAAGAUUAACGUCUGCCGUGAGUUUUUCAUGACCACAACUAAUGCACCGGAUCACAUGAUAAGAAAGUAUGUGAAUGAAUCUGAUCACUAUUUUACUAAACUUGACAAAAUUUCUAAAAAACCCAUAGAACCAAAUACAAAACUUUGGAAGAAAAACAUCAGAAAGAUGAAAAGACUCAGAGGCGAAGAGUAUAUUGGAAGAGAUGGUAAAUUACAUGAAAGUCGACCACUCCUUCCAGCUCCUUGCAUGGGAAAACUUAACCACAAAGAAUGUGACAGUUUCAGUCAAGAUGACCGCAAGUUGAUUUACAAAAAGUUUAGACAAAUGAAUUCAUAUGACCAACAGAAACAGUUUAUUGUCGACCACGUAGAAAAAAAUGAAAAAAAUAGAACAACGAUAAAAUUGGAAAACAGCAGAAGAGCUUUUACUUAUCAGUACUAUUUGUCUAAAUUCAAUGAUGAAAAUAAUAAAGUACAUGUUUGUCAUGAAUUUUUCUUAGCUACACUCAAUGUAACAAAUGCAAUGGUUAGAAACUGUGUCGCUCAUUCUCAUCUCGGUGUUGCUAAACCUGAUAAUCGUGGUCGUCAUGUUGCAUACAACAAAAUAUCUGUUAAGACCGCUGAAAUAAUAAACGAGCACAUUUCAAAUUAUUCCGCACAUAAAUGCCGUGGAGGAAAAUCAGAGGGAAUAUGUUUUAAUAAUAGAUUGAAUAUUACUUGUAUGUAUCGAGAGUAUAAAUUUAAAUGUAAAAAAGAAGGAUGGGAUCUAGUAUCGCUGGCAAAGUAUAGACAAUUUUUUAAAGAUUUCAAAAUAGUAGUUUGAAUUUGAAAAGAUAAAAACGUGAUGACAAAAAACUGUUGCCUAGACUGAUGCCAUAUUCUUAGUGACCACGAAAUGGAAAAAGCUAUGUUUUAUGAUGAAGAACAUGAAAAUAAAAUAAAUUUCUUUCAACUUUAA